CUCCAUGAAGAGACCAUUUCCCACUUUCCUUCUUUUGACAUUCAACAAACCGUUGACUUUAUACACACGUUUCCUUUAAAUCCAGUUAUAGACAGCCAGAGAUAUUGCAGAAUCAAAACGAUGAUCUUCUUCUUCAUCAUCCUUCUCCAAUGUCUCUCUCUCACAACCGCGCAACAGCCUUAUGUCGGAACAUCAACCACCGACUGUUCCGUCAUCGAUAACUCAACCUCUGUCUUCGGCUACUCUUGCAACGGCCUCAACAAAACCUGCCUCACCUACGUCAUUUUCAGGUCAACUCCUCCUUUCUCCACCGUCGCCUCCAUCUCUUCCCUCUUCUCCGUGAACGCCUCUCUCCUCUCUUCCCUCAACAACGCGGCAACAACCUUCUCCACCGACCAACAAGUCAUCAUCCCCCUAACUUGCUCCUGCUCCGGCAACUACUCCCAGUCCAAUCUCACUUAUACAAUCCGACAAGGCGACUCGUACUUCCGUGUAGCGAACGACACUCUCCAGGGUCUUUCGACGUGUCAAGCCUUGGAGAGACAGAACAAUGCUUCGUCUCAGUCUCUCUUUCCCGGUAUGAGAAUCCUUGUUCCUAUCCGUUGCGCGUGUCCCACGGCGAAACAAGUUAGUGAAGAUGGCGUCAACUAUCUCGCGAGCUACACCGUGGUGUUCGGAGACACUGUUGAUAUCAUCAGCCAGAGAUUCGGCGUCGAGACGAUUAAGACUUUGGAAGCUAAUCAAAUGUCUUUUGACGAUGCUGGAGUCUUCCCUUUCACCACAGUUCUGGUUCCAUUACAGAACCCUCCUUCAAAUCUCAACUCUAUCACUCCUCCUCCUCCACCUCCGUCUCCACCUCCUGCUCCGGUUUCACCAAAUGGUAACAAACCGAAGAGAACAUGGGUUUAUGUUCUUGUUGGAAUCCUAGGAGGAGCUUUGGUUUUGAGUGUGAUAGGUGCAGCCAUGUUCUGUAUGCUUAAGAAGGUCUCAAGAAAGAAACAAGAACCAGACAAUCUCGAUAGCUUCACAGCCAAGAAAACAACAAUCUCCUAUCAAGAAUCUGACUUCGAUCCGCUAGAUGGCUUAUCAGGCAUGGUGGUUGACACCUUAAAGGUUUACAAGUUCCACGAGCUGCAAUCCGCAACGAGCGACUUCACAUCUUCCAGCUCUGUCGGAGGAUCAGGAUACAUCGGUAAGAUCAACGGCGACGGUGCAAUGAUCAAGAAAAUGGAAGGAAACGCAUCGGAGGAGAUCAACUUACUGUCGAAGCUAAACCAUUUCAACAUCAUUCGUCUCUCUGGCUUCUGUUUCCACGAAGGAGACUGGUACUUAGUCUACGAACACGCGUCUAACGGAACCUUAAGUGAUUGGAUCUACGCGAAGUCGUCUCUCUUGAGCUUGACUCAGAGGUUGCAAAUCGCUUUGGAUAUAGCAACGGGGCUUAACUACCUACACAACUUCGCAGACCCUCCUUACGUUCACAGGGAUUUAACGAGCGGAAACAUCUUUCUUGACUCCGAGUUUCGAGGAAAAAUUGGUAACUUAGGGUUAGCUAGGUCGACGGAGAUAGAUGGAGAUUACGUGUUGACCAAGCAUGUGGAAGGGACGAGAGGGUAUUUAGCUCCUGAGUAUUUGGAACAUGGGUUGGUCUCGACCAAGCUUGAUGUUUAUGCUUUUGGUGUUGUGGUCUUGGAGAUUGUUACUGGUAAGGAAGCUUCUGAGUUGAAGAAAGAGAUCGAUGGAGGUAAUGAUUUGGAGGAGUUUUUGGUUAGUGGAAGCUUCUUGCCUGAAGGGUUAGUGAGUUUUGUGGUGAGAUUGGUGAUGGAUUGUUUGAAGAGAGAUCAUUUGAAUCGUCCAUCAAUGGAUGAGAUUGUUCUGUCUUUGUCCAAGAUCUUGACGGCUUCGAAAAGCUGGGAAUCGUCUUACUAAAUUUAAGGCCCAAUAUGUUUUAUUAGCCUUUUAGGCUGCAAUGUUAACCAAAAGGAUUUUUCUCUUUGUUUGUUUUUUAGAAGUUUAUGUUCUUGUGUUGGAUUUGGUCAGAAAAAUGUUGACUGGGUUUUAAGUAUGAACUAGAUUUUGAUCCGCGAUUCGAAAGCGCGAGUUUUAUGGGUUAUAUACGAAGUUAGAUAUGAGAUAGUAUUUUGAGUA